UCCAAGUCUUGGAGCCAAUUGUUGUUUCCACGACUACUUUCCCCCAAACUGUAUCCUUUCUAUGCACCAAUCUUCUUUUUUCCUCUUUAUAAAAACUCUACAAACUUUGGUAAGUUGUUCAAUAAAUCAAUUCAAAUAUUCCUUCAUAAGAAACAAUAUGAUACGAUGUCACGAAACUCAAGAAGAUGGAGAUUGGUCUCAUGAAGAUCAUCAAAUAUCUAUUUCGCAGGCACUUCAUCAAUGUAUCGCUACUCUUGUUGGUCACACAUCCUCUUACAUUUCAUCUCUAACCCUUGCAGGAAAGAGACUUUACACAGGCUCCAGCGACGGACUUGUAAGAUUGUGGGAUGCAACCUCGUUGGAAACAUUAGCCGAAGCGUCAAGCAACGGCGAUGUAAUAACAGGAGAAAGAGGAGACGGAGGAGCAGUGAAGUCUUUGGUAAUCUUGGCUGAUAAACUCUUCACAGCACACCAAGAUCAUAAGAUACGUGUCUGGAAGAUAAACGACGUCGUUGAAGAAGCAGAAGCGAGUAAUAAAAAGUACAUGCAUAUAGCAACGAUGCCAACGAUGAGUGACCGUUUGGCAAAGUGUUUGAUGCCUAACAACCAAGUCCAAAUAAGGAGGCACAAGAAAGCUUCUUGGGUUCACCAUGUAGACGCGGUUUCGGGUUUAGCGUUAUCAAGAGAUGGAGCACUACUCUAUUCUGUCUCAUGGGACCGGACGCUCAAGAUCUGGCGAACCACCGAUUUUAAAUGCCUAGAGUCCAUUACAAACGCCCACGACGAUGCAAUCAAUGCUGUUGAGCUGUCCGAGAAUGGAGAUAUAUACACAGGGUCUUCUGACCGGAAAAUUAAAGUGUGGAGGAAGAAGAACCUCGAUGAGGAGAAAAAGAAAAAGAAGAAACAUUAUUUGGUUGCAACAUUGUCAGAGCAAGAUUCGGGUAUUAACGCGUUGGCGUUAAGCAGUUACAAUCUGUUGUAUUCGGGUGGAUCUGACGGAUCUAUAUUGGUGUGGGAAAGAGACCACGAAGGUGGAGACAUUGGUGUUGCUGGAGGGCUAAGAGGUCACACAGAGUCUGUUCUUUGCCUUGCGGUUGUUUCAGACAUAGUCUGUAGUGGCUCUGCAGAUAAGACAGUGAGGCUGUGGAAAUCUUCUUUGGCGGAUUAUUCGUGCUUAGCUGUGUUGGAGGGGCAUAGAGGACCAGUUAAAUGCUUAACCGGAGCCAUUCGUGAUUCCGGUACACAAUCAGAGGCUUCUUAUCACAUUUACAGUGGAGGACUUGACUCUCAAGUUAAGGUUUGGGAGAUUUUGGUACCAACCUUAUAAUUUAAAUAAAUUAAGUUGGAUGGGAUACAAAAUAUGUGGCUUUUGUUAGUAAUUUGUUUCCUCUGUUAAUAUUUGUUGAUCCGUUUUCUUGAUGAGUUUUUGUUUUGGGAUAAUAAAUGAAUGAGUGUGGAAUGUGUGAGAUGAGUAUGUUACUUGAAUAAAAGAAGAGAGCUUCUAUU